AUGCCUGUAAGCAGGAAUAAGCUGAUUUUACUACUAGGAAUGCUCUGUUUGGAACAAGGCAAAUCAACAACUCUUUCUCUCCCCAAAGCUCCCAACUGUGGGCAAACUCUGGCUAAGGUACAUUCUUGGAGUUAUUUUAAAAUUUUCAGUCGCAUUCUUGGAGGAAACCAAGUGGAAAAGGGUUCCUAUCCCUGGCAGGUGUCUCUGAAAAAAAGGCAGAAGCAUGUCUGUGGAGGAACCAUCAUCUCUCCACAAUGGGUGAUCACAGCUGCUCACUGCGUUGCACACAGAAACAGCAUGUCAACUUUGAAUAUCACUGCUGGAGAACAUGACUUGAGCCAGAAAGAGCCAGAAGAGCAAACCCUCCCCAUUGAGUCCAUCAUCACACACCCACAUUUCUCCACCAAGAAACCAAUGGACUAUGAUAUUGCCCUUUUGAAGAUGGCUGGAGCCUUCCAAUUUGGCCAAUUUGUGGGGCCCAUAUGUCUUCCAGAGCCAGGGGAGCGAUUUGAGGCUGGAUUUAAUUGUACAACAGCAGGAUGGGGCCGCUUGGGUGAAGAUGGUAUCCUCCCACAAGUUUUACAGGAAGUGAACCUGCCAAUUUUGACUCAGAAUGAGUGCAUGAAAGCUUUGUCAUCCCUGAAGCAGUUCAUUAGUGGAGAUACCUUUCUCUGCACAGGCUUCCCUGAAGGAGGGAAGGAUGCAUGUCAGGGAGACUCAGGAGGGUCAUUCAUGUGCCGGAAUAAGAAAGGGGCCUGGACUCUGGCUGGUGUAACUUCCUGGGGCUUGGGCUGUGGUCGAGGCUGGAGAAACAAUAUGGAGCAAAGUUAUCAAAGUGACCAAGGAUCCCCCGGGAUCUUCACAGAUGUUAGUAAACUGCUUCCCUGGAUCCUUAAACACAUUCAGACUUGUAAUGAAGCCACCACACAAGGUUAAGAAGCUUGGUGCACACCUGUAGAUGGAGUACUCAGUGGGUCUGAGGAGAAGCUGCACUUCCCAGAAAGCCUCCAGCUAUAUUACAAGAGCAAGCAACUGUGUGUCUGGACCCUGUUAAUACCAGAGGAAAUGCAUGUGUUACUCAGUUUUUCUCACUUAAAUGUUGAGACUUGUCACCACAAUUACCUGUCAAUAUAUUCUUUAGAAUACAGACACAUUGGAAAAUUUUGUGGAGAAAGUCUCACUUCAUCCAUUCUUGUUGACUCCAAUUCUAUAAGGCUGAAGUUCAUCUCUUAUGCUACAGAUUAUGUUACUGGGUUUAAUCUCACCUAUAAGUUCUUAAACCAAUCCUGUGUUCCGGAUUCAGGUUGCAGUUUCUUAACUGUCCUUUUUGAAGAAGGCUUCAUACACAGUCUUAACUAUCCUAGAAACUACAGUGACAUGACCAGCUGUAACUGGAUUUUUCACCUAACUGAGAUAUUGACUUUGGUUAUCCUUACGCUUAAUCAGUACAAAGCCACAAAAGGAGCAGACUUUCUCACCAAGGAGGUGAUGGUGGAUGACAGACUAGUCACGACGCAGAUCUGGGACACAGCAGGACAGGAAAGUUUCCAGUCUCUUGGCGUGGCCUUCUACAGAGAGGCAGACUGCUGCGUUCUGGUAUUUGACGUGACUGCCCCCAACACAUUCAAAACCCUGGAUAUCUGGAGAGAUGAGUUUCUGAUCCAAGCCAGUCCCCGGGAUCCUGAAAACUUUCCCUUUGUUGUGUUGGUAAACAAGAUUGACCUCGAAAACAGACAAGUGGCCACAAAACGGGCACAAGCCUGGUGCUACAGCAAAAACAACAUUCCCUACUUCGAGACCAGUGCCAAGGAGGCCAUCAACAUGGAGCAGGCGUUUCAGAGGAUUGCACGGAACGCACUUAAACAGGAAACAGAGGUGGAGCUGUACAAUGAGUUCCCCGAACCUAUCAAACUGGGCAAGAACGGCCGGGCCAAGGCCUCAGCAGAAAGCUGCAGUUGCUGAAGGGGCAGAGAGCAGAGCACAGAGUCCUUCCCAAACAGAGAAUACACUUAGGCCUUCAACACAAGCCCCUCUCCUCUUUUAAACAAAACGUAAAGUGAUCUCUCACAUCCAGCUGCCAAAAGAAACCCCACCAAACACAGUCUCACCCCACACAUCUCUCAUACACACACACACACACACACACGCAUCUGACGUAAGCAAACUCCAGCUUGUGCUGUGAUGGCUGCUUGGGGUCUGCCCACACACUACAUGAGCCCUGUGUGUGGCAGCAGCACGGGCCUGCUGUAGAAACCGUUCUGAUGUGGAGUCGGCAUUGGAAGCUUAUUCUUUUUGUCCACUGGAGAGAGAGAGAGAGAGAGAGAGAGAGAACUGUUUACAGUUAAUCUGUGUCUAAUUAGUUAUCUGAUUUUUUUAAGGUCUUGUGGUCUUUUUACCCUCUCCCACACCCCUACCUCAAAGGCUGCUCCUUGAGAAGGCUGGUGCCCCCAGCUUCUUUACAGGCUCACGCCCAGUCUGGUCAGGCUGAGUUUUGUAUGUAUCUGUUAAUGCUUGUUACUUUUAACUAAUCAGAUCUUUUUACAGUAUCCAUGUAUUAUGUAAUGCUUCUUAGAAAAGAAUCUUAUACUACAUGUUAAUAUACGCAACCAAUUCAAAAUGUAUAAAUUAGUGUAA